AGAUUUUUCAUUUAUUUACGAAAGAGGAACAUCUCACGUUGAAAAGAAAUGAAUCUUAUACAUGSACUACUCYCCUCGUUGYCAAUUGAUUUUGAGAUGGAAUCUGAACCAACCAUCGACAUCCACGUUUAUUUAAUAAUUGGGAGGUGAUAAAUGAAGCUCCAACCAUCUUCUCUUUUGCUUCUGCAGAGGUCAAGACGAAGACAAUAGAGAUUGAGAGAGAGAAUAUGGAAUCUGCUGCUCACACUCACAGUCACAACGAUAUUCAUGAGUCACUGUUGCAUCCAACGCCGCCGUCCUCCGACAAGCAGGAGCCGAGCCCCAGCGGCGAGGCGCUGGAGAUGAUAUUAUCAGAUACCCAGUUGGCUUACGUGGACCGAAUAGGUAAGGCCACGUGGAUCGAGCUGAAGCUUCUGUCCCACCUGGCAGUUCCGGCGGUGUUCGUGUACAUGGUCAACAAUAUGAUGUCCAUGUCCACCCGCAUCUUCUCCGGCCACCUCGGCAACCUUGAGCUCGCCGCCGCUUCCCUCGGCAACAGUGGCAUCCAAGUUUUUGCUUACGGUCUCAUGUUGGGCAUGGGCAGCGCGGUGGAGACAUUAUGCGGGCAAGCAUACGGCGCCAAGAAAUUCGAAAUGCUGGGCAUCUAUUUACAAAGAUCAACGAUUUUACUAACCUUAGUGGGCUUCCUCUUAACCCUCCUCUACAUCUUCUCGGAGCCCAUCCUUUUGUUCCUCGGCGAAUCCCCCAAAAUCGCUUCCUCCGCCGCGGUUUUCGUGUACGGUCUGAUCCCCCAAAUCUUCGCGUACGCCGUGAACUUCCCAAUCCAGAAGUUUCUCCAGGCGCAGAGCAUCGUGUAUCCGAGCGCGUUCAUAUCGGCGGCGACGUUGGUGGUCCACUUGGCGCUCAGUUGGGUGGCGGCCUACAAAUUGGGGCUGGGAUUGAUCGGAGCGUCGUCGGUGCUGAGCCUGUCGUGGUGGAUAAUCGUGGCGGCGCAAUUCGUGUAUAUAGUGAAGAGCGACAAGUGUAGGGCGACGUGGAGGGGGUUCAGCGCUCAGGCAUUCACCGGCUUGCCGGAGUUCUUUAGGCUGUCGGCGGCGUCGGCGAUUAUGCUUUGUUUGGAGACGUGGUAUUUCCAGAUUCUGGUUCUCGUCGCCGGCCUUCUCGAAAACCCUGAGCUCGCUCUCAGUUCCCUCUCUGUCUGUACCACCAUUAAUGGUCUGGCAUUCAUGAUUUCUGUGGGCUUCAACGCAGCUGCAAGUGUGAGAGUGGGAAACGAGCUGGGAGUUGGGCAUCCAAAAUCGGCAGCAUUUUCGGUGGUGGUGGUGACCGUAAUUUCGUUCAUGAUAUCCAUAUUUAUCGCUUCAACGGUACUCGCGUUCCGCAACGUCAUCAGCUAUGUCUUCACCGAAGCCGCCGCCGUCUCUGAUCUCUGUCCUUUUCUUGCUCUCACUCUUCUCCUCAAUGGAAUUCAGCCUGUUUUAUCCGGCGUGGCCGUGGGGUGCGGAUGGCAAGCUUUUGUUGCGUACGUGAACGUGGGCUGCUAUUACGUGCUCGGACUGCCUUUGGGAGCCCUCCUCGGCUUCCACUUUAAAUUAGGAGCUAAGGGCAUAUGGUUGGGGAUGCUUAGUGGUACAGCCAUGCAAACGUUCAUUUUGGUGUGGGUGACGUUUCGUGCCGAUUGGAACAAAGAGGUGGAAGAAGCGAUGAAAAGAUUAAACAAGUGGGAUCACAUGAACAAGACUCUUUCAAACGAUAAAAGUUGAAGAAUUGAAGUAGCAAGUUUAUGCAAUAACCUCUCAAGGAAACGAGCAUUUUGGUGAUGCGAAUAACUUGGCCAUAUAUAUAAUGAGCGUUCUCGAUACACAAGUUUGUUCAAUGAUGAUGUAUAAUGAUAAGAUAAUGGUACUCUCGUAUCCCAAGUAUCUCCACAAUURUACGAUAUUGUAUACUUGAGGUAUAGUGUUCACUGAUUUGCUUUUGGUUUGACCAAAAAGACCUCAUACCAAUGRAGAUAAUUGUCUCUCUUAUACCCCAUAAAUUACUCUCUUCCUUGACCAA